AUGAAGAGAUUGUCUCUCCUCCUAUACCUGGCAUGUGCCAUUCCUGCAUCCUUCGCCCAAGGCGAUUACACCUGCGUGGGAAGAGACUCACCCGAGCUACCCAAGUCCGCAUAUAGACUUAAGGAAAGCAUUGACUGGAAUCUCUCCUCCCUGCGCCAGCACUUUAGCGACAAGGGCAAGCUAGCCACCGUAUCUGACGCCCUCAACUCUGCCAAUCACCAGCUCAUCGAGCUUGAUGCGAAAGGGUGGUCUACUGCCACCGGAGUGUCUGCAGUUCCGCAGAGCGUGUACCGAUGGGAGGGCACUGCUGAGAACUUCGACGACUUUGGUACGACGAAAUGGUACCCUCAGGGCGUCACCAGCUCUUCCGAUGCCCUUCAGGUAGGAACAUGGGAAAGCAAGAAUGUUUGGCUCAUGUCAUGGUACGACGACACGGCCGGCGUAGAGAGUGUGCGGAUAACUUUCGUCGACAAGACAACGCACAAGUACCGCCAUGCCUUGCUGGUGGUUCCAAAUGGCCCUGAACUGUAUACCGGCUCUGCAUCUCCUGCAACCAACUUUGGACGUCUUGGAGUCCAUGCUGGCGGAAUAAUGUGGUAUGGAAGCACAUUGUGGGUUGUGGACACUUACAAGGGCAUCCGGGUGUUUGAUCUCAACAACAUCUGGCAGGUUGAAGCCGGCGAUGGAGUGGGCAAGAUGAGCAAUGGCGAGUUUUCUGCUCAGGGGUAUCGAUACGUUAUCCCCCAGAUAAGGACAUACACCUGGACGCCAACGACCGCAGAUGCAAAGUUCCGGUUCUCAUGGAUCUCACUUGACCGUGAAGGCACUGAUAAGAUCCUGGUUGGCGAGUAUGGCAACAGCACCACGCCAGACAGCGUUCCCAUCCGCAUGGCUCAGUACGAGCUCGACUACACCACGAGAAAGCUGCACACAAGCUCACAGAUAGCAACCUCCAGCUGGGCGUCCUGUGUCAACAUCCUGGAGAUGCAAGGUGCCAUCUCUCACGGCAACGACUUUUAUAUCAGCACAAGCAACAAAGCCCGUGGACUCGGCGACCUGUGGACCUGGCGACCAGGCAAUCUGGCGAGAGAGAACCUCCGAUUCCUGCCUCCCGGUCCGGAGGAUAUGACUUGGGAUAACACUACGCAGACCUUCACGACCAUCUCCGAGUUUCCCGAGCAGAGCCUGCCGCGACUGUCACGGCUCCCUCUGCCCACGGCGGCAUCGACAGCGUCCAGGUCGCUGCGGCCGUCGCCGUCCAGGGACAGGCUGCAGGCAGACGCGGGACUGAAGAUAUCGAGGCUGCGUCGGCCGUCAGAGGAUAUCUUCAACCGUCCCUAUUCCCCGGCCUGCUCCAGCGAGUCUGAUCCCUUGGACGGACACCCCGAGUCUUCGACCUCUACCACCCCCCAGCGUCUACAGUCCUUCAGCAGAGCGUCCCAUCUGAAUGAAUCCCUUCUCCUGGACCCGUCGGACAGGCAGGGCCGAAGUGGCCGCCCUGGAAGCCCGUCACGCAAGGCCUCGAGGCCCUCGCUAUCCGACCGGACGAUCGAGACGCUGGCUCAGAUACCAGGUUCACCAUCACCCGGCCGAAGGAAGUCUGGGUUCUUUGUCGAGUCGAGGAGAUCCCCUUCGCGGCAGUCUAUGAAUGGAGCUCCUCCUUUAUCUCCAGCUCCAACAAAUCGGAGCCUUAGGCUGUCCCGGUCUCCCUCCGGCGCCGCACCGCCAGAGCGACCCGUGGGCCAGAGAUCGGUCAGCAUGUACAUCAAGUCGCCUGCCGCAUCUGUCAGGAAUGGCAUGCUGGAGACACGCGAAGAAGAGGACGCCGGCGAGGAUGCUGGUGGAAAUCCUCUACCGCAGAAAUCGACGGCCACCGCUUCCCGACGACCGCCAAUGGCUAGCAAGAGCAAGAGUAUGAUAACACGAAAGGCAAAACAGAGACCGUCUCUAAGUCAGGUUUUCCGGGAAACAUCUGAUUCAGAACCCAAUGGCACGAUCGAACCUCUUUCAAUACCCAAGACCAGGAAACCACCUUCUACAAUAUCCUCCAAUUUCACCUCGCCAACAUCUACAACAUCGAAAAGGUCACCACGAACUUCCAUCACCUCCGAUGGAUGCACUGCCAAUGAUACACCGCCGAAGGAAGCCGAGCCAAAGAAAGCAGUCAAGUCGUCCAGUGCCCUGAGAGAGAGCAUCGCGAAGGCGAAAGCUGCUCGCAAGGCAGCACAGCUGCAACAGCAACAGCAACGCGAGUCCUCCAACAAAUCUCCGGAGGCGGCCGAAGAUGCCACCAUGAAAGAUCCGUUUAAUCAAUUACCCGAGAUGGAGCCAACUGGUGCCGCCCUGCAGAGUAGGACUGCGGCUGCAAGGAAAUCCGGGCAUCUGAAUAUAUCGGCAAUGGGCCUGACUGCCAUUCCUGACGAGGUCAUGACCAUGUAUACCUUUGAUCCGAACAGUAAUGAUGUUUGGUACGAAAACGUUGAUCUGGUAAAGUUCAUGGCGGCCGAUAACGAGUUGACCUCCUUACCGGACGAGGUAUUCCCUGACAUUGAUGUCACGGAGGUAAUCUCAGACGGACCUGCCCCGAACACUCAAUUUGGUGGCUUGGAGCAUAUUGAUCUGCAUGGGAAUAAGCUGGCCUGUCUUCCCCCCGGGCUGAGGAGGUUACAACGACUUCGCAUUCUAAAUCUAUCAAAGAACAAGCUGGAUAGUAUGGAAACUCUCGAAGUAAUUUUUGGCAUGGAAGCUCUCACAGAACUAAAGCUUGCUGAGAACGACUUGUCAGGUAUGCUGACCGCGGAUAUCGGGCGUCUCACCAAACUUGAAGUUUUGGAUCUUCAUGGGAACAAUCUCACGGGGCUGCCGGACUCGAUAGCUGAUCUAACUUGUCUACGGAUUCUGAACGUUGCUGAGAACAAACUCCCUUCCCUCCCGUUACUGGCCAUGAACAAUCUCCCCCUCACCGAGCUUAAUGUUUGGAAGAACAAAUUAGAUGGCCACUUCUUCCCCAAAUCAUUCAAGCGACACGAUACCUUGCAGAUACUGAAUGUUGCCACGAAUAAUCUGGAAGAACUCUGUGUAGAGGAUACUGUCGAGCUUCCGAAUUUACAGCAACUGUUCGUAGAGCAGAAUUGUCUCAAGUCACUUCCAAACAUAUCGACCUGGAAGUCGCUCUUGAGUAUAAUAGCGACUGAGAACAGUAUAUCUGCCUUUCCUGAAGGCCUAUCUGAUCUCGUGAAUAUAAAACACCUCGAUUUCACGGGGAAUGAUAUCAGGCUGAUCGACGAUAGUAUUGGCUCAAUGGAGAGUCUCGUUACCCUCAGAGUUUCCAACAACCCUCUCCGGGAGCGGAAGCUUCUAGCAAUGGAUACCGAUGAACUGAAACGAGAACUUAUCAGCCGGCGUGAAGUUAAAGAACCAUCGCAAGAUGAGGAAGAGGGCUCGGUGCAGACGGAAUUCACCCUGGCGCCAGAAAGUCCCACGGCAACCAUCACCCACUCAUGGCGAGUUAAGCAGCGCGGCGUUCUUGAUCGCUCUUCCACCAGCCUCUCAGACCUAGAGCCCUCAGACAUAGAACCAUUGAUCGCCAAGGCUGAUAUUCGAUGCCUCUACGUCCAGCGUAACCGGCUGGAAAAGUUCCCCGUGCCAGCCCUCUCACUCAUCGCCCAUUCUCUAAUCGAUCUCGACCUAUCGCAUAAUCCAGUCGGCCGUACCGAACUUACGACACCGCUAUCACUUCCAAGCCUCCAGAACUUGACUCUAUCAUCCACGACCCUGACCUCCCUAGAACCACUCCUAACCUAUCUCUCAGCGCCUUCGCUUUCUUUCCUAGACAUCUCAAUAAACCGACUCAAGGGACCGCUGCCCAUAAUGCGCGCCACCUACCCGAACCUAGUCACAUUCCUCGCUUCUGAAAAUGCCUUUGACAGCCUCUCGUAUGAAGCUGUUGAAGGCCUCCAGGUUCUUGACGUGGCGAAUAAUGAUAUUGACGCUUUACCUCCGAGAGUCGGCCUUUUGGGAGUUGAUGAUGUUGCUCCUGGGAAAAAUGCGCUGCGAAGGUUUGAAGUUGCUGGGAAUCGUUUCAGGGUUCCUAGAUGGCAGAUUGUGUCAAAGGGUACGGAAGCAGUUCUGGAUCAUUUAAAGAAUAGGAUUAGUGAAGCUGAGAUGAAGGAAUGGAGACCUGAGGAGUGA